UCCGACUCGCCUGACGUCACCGUACUCAAGCAUAUAAACCCGCGGAUGUGGCCGGACCAGUUUCAGCCGAGCCAGGACCCCCACACUGAGCGUGACCGUGAAAAACCUCAGCCAGAGAGUUGACCUGCUGCCACGCGCCGUCUGUCACAAACAAACCUCCCCAACGUUCACCAUGGUUAACGUCAUCCUGGAAUCCGGAGGGGCCCAGGACCCCCUGCCGCAGGGCAAGACCAACUGGAUGGGUCAGAACGGGCCGGGCGGCUGGUGCUCCAUCAAGGUCAACAACGUCGAGCAGGGGCUCAACUCCAUCGGGUUUAACAUCGUGGUUCUGAAGUUCCCCGAACAGAACCCGCCGGAGCAGUACUCCUGCUUUGACACCUGCAAGGACCAGAAUGCCUGCUUCACUCUGGCGGACUUCAUCCAAAAAAUCCAGCCGGACCGUUACAUCCUGAUGAGUGCCUGUGGCUCCAUCACUGACUGCCUGUGCCAGCCGCUGUGUGACGAGCUGCGCGCGCUCGGGUCAGGCUACUUCAGCCGUAGCAUGGACGAGCUCAGCGGGGCUCACAGGAACGAGUCCUGGGUGAUGGUGGCCAGGAAGGGACACGGGCUCAUCAAGGAGUGCUUCAAACCCGCAGGCCAGGGACCGUGCAUUGACAGCGUCGACAUCUAGGCAGCCAAUCAGGCGGCGAGCCGUAUCCACGUCACGGAUGACGUCAUUCAGUUCGAUGCCGAUUCCAUAUAUACAAGUAUUUUAGUACCUGUCGCGAUCGGUGGCAACUGUAUAGCUAAUUUCAUUUGUACUAAGAUGGGUAGCUGCAUCAUGGGUAAUAGGGUCUAACGUUUUCCUUGGAUCGCUACACUGUAUGCGACAGAAAGGACGAGAAAAGUUGAAGCCGGAGUGUUUUCCAUCAUUCCAAUAGAAUAGAGUCCAUGGACGUUUCUGUCUGGGUGUUAGGGUUCCCAACAGAUUCAUACAGUUGUCUUGUAUGAUUUCUCACAAUCGUAUUUUCUAAAGCUCUAAUCAGUCAGCAAAUGUCAACGGUAACGGACAGAUUCGCUGCAUGAUUAAUUUUGUCAUCAAGCUUGUCACAACUUAACAACCAAGGACCAAUAAACCAUGACAUUUGA